AUGGCUUACACACAGUUAGCCAAAGGGCAUUUUAUCUAUAAACACGCCAUACGGUUUAUUCCACGGGAGAAUGGCGUCCACUCCAUCGAUGUCCGUUUUAACGGGAGUCACAUCCCAGGCAGUCCCUUCAAGAUCCGUGUAGGAGAACCCGGCCAGGCAGGAGAUCCAGGAAUGGUGACGGCUUUUGGGCCCGCACUGGAGGGGGGAACUACAGGUGUAGCGUCAGAUUUCAUUGUAAACACGUGUAACGCUGGCUCAGGAGCUCUGUCGGUCACCAUCGACGGCCCAUCGAAGGUGAAGAUGGAUUGUCAGGAGUGUCCAGAAGGAUACAAGGUCACCUACACACCCAUGGCUCCCGGCAGCUACCUCAUCUCCAUCAAAUAUGGAGGACCGCAGCAUAUCGUGGGCAGCCCCUUCAAAGCCAAAGUCUCUGGUGCACGUCUCUCCGGAGGACACUCUCUACACGAAACGUCAUCGGUUCUGGUGGAAACGGUCAUGAAAUCGUCCUCAGUGGCCGGAUCUUUCUCUACUCUGCCAAAGUUCUCGUCUGAUGCCAGUAAGGUGAUCUCCAGGGGGGCCGGACUCUCCAAAGCCUUCACUGGCCAGAAGAACACCUUCACAGUGGACUGCAGUAAAGCAGGGACAAACAUGUUAAUGGUAGGAGUGCACGGGCCAAAGACUCCCUGUGAGGAAGUGUACGUCAAACACAUGGGCAACAGAAUGUACAAUGUCACAUACACAGUGAAGGAGAAAGGCGACUACAUCCUGAUAGUCAAAUGGGGCGAAGAAAUGGUGCCCGGAAGCCCUUUCCACGUCACCGUGCCUUAAAGACUGUCUUUAGACCCUCUCCUCUAUGCAAAGACUCUACUGAUCGUCCUGGGAAAGAGACGGGACUCACCGACAAUGCCUUUUCAUGACAUAUUAAUCAAGAAAACCGCUUCUAUAUCUGCAUACGCUUUAUUCAAAGUCCAUUAUGUGCUCAUUUCACACUCGGUUAUGUAUCGUCAUUUUUUGUAUUCUGUUAUUUUAGAUGUUGUGAGACUAGACAAUGUUUGAAUGAUGAAAUGCUAAUUUGAAGACGCUUCGUGCUGAAUCACAUCCAUCUUGUAACCAGUGAAGUUACUGUCUGGACCAUUUACAGAAAGCUGAAUUAUUUUAUCUUUUUUUUUUUUUAAAUCUAAUGCUAAAAACUGGUCUUAUUUUUGUGAUGGAAUAACACUAUUUAGUCUGGACUAGGUUUGAAGCCAGUCCUAAUCAAGGGAUUAGUUUGAGCGGAGAAAGCCUGAUAUUUAAGUCCUGGUGGACAAGGUUCAGACUCACGCUGGGUCUAAACCGGUCCCGGGUGGCCCAGCACCCCUGCAGAAUGGGUUGUGUGAUUGGUUAGAUUUUUUUGUACCAAGCGGUGUAGCAAAAACCGUUCAGCAUGUGAAUGUUUGAAAUCCCACAGUUUUUACAGUGACUAUGUUAAAGAGCAACAUUUUAUAGUGAUUUUAUAUCUAUGAAUUUAAAAUAGAAAUGUAUGGAGAGACACUAAUUGUUUGAUAUUUUAAUCUACUGUUUGGUAAAACUGUGCUGGCAUAUUAAAGUUUUAAUUGCUAACGUGCUGUUUAUUGAUGUCCAUAUUAUAAUAUCUUAUAUUAAAAAUAUUAAUAAUUAUAUUUACUAUUUAUAAUAUUUAUUAUGAUU